AUGGCUGCUCCAGAGGCCCUGACCUUUGACAAUCAAGUGGUUGUGAUCACGGGCGCAUCCAGCGGGAUUGGCGCUGACAUGGCUCGCCAACUGGCCGAGUAUGCCAACGUAACGCUGGUCCUGGCAGCACGCCGCCAGGAGAAGCUGGUGGCGGUGGCCGAGGAUUGUAAGAGCAUCAAUCAACAAACAAAAGUGGACACGGUCAGCUAUGAUGCUGCCGACCCGGCAGCCGGCUCUGCCCUGGUGGAGGGCGUUCUCAAGCGGUUUGGACGCAUUGACACGCUCAUUCUCAAUGCCGGCAUUGCAGGCCCCUGGGCUGAGUUUGAGACGCUACCCCAAGACCUUCGUUCGUUGCACCGCGUGAUGGACGUCAACUACUGGGGCUACGUAUAUGCCGCACAUGCAGCCAUUCCCGCGCUCAAGGCUUCGCGCGGCCGAUUGGCCGCCGUCUCUUCCUUUUACGGCCGCAUUCCUGCCCCUUACCAGGCCGGCUACAGCGCCACCAAGCAUGCCAUGCAAGGCUUUUUCAACACCCUGCGGCCCGAACUUGCUCGUCACGACGUCAGCGUCACGCUUCACCUUCCCGGCGGCAUCGCCACCGAAGUGCAGCAAAAGUUUGAGACGGCCGAUUCGAAGCGUGUCAACUUGCUGAUGCCCGAUGCUUUCUUGGCACCUUCUCCCAAAUGCGCUGCCUCUGUGCUGAGCGCGACGCUGUGGCGACAGGCAGAAGCCUACUACCCCUUUUACGCCUUGGCUGCCAGCGAAUUCCGCCAAGCCGCCAAGGACCUGUUUGAUCGCGGCUUCUCGGAACUGGUCAAGUACUACAUGGACCAAGGUUUCUUUCAACUGCAGUAA